GUGCUGUGACGCCUUGUUUACUCAGGUUUGCACAUUAAAAACGGAUGUAGAGGAUUGGGCAGUCAUUGACCACUUACUGGUCUUUAGUUCGCUUAAGUGACCAGUCGAGUGACCACAUACUGGAUUAUUGUUGGAAUUUUGCCUUUACACAGAAACAAGAACAAUGAACCCAUGGAGAGUUUUGCUUGUUUUGAUUUCUGUACUGAAGGUAGUUUCCGGAACAGCCAAUAUAAAGAUCCGCCUGUUGAGAUAUGUUAACCCCGGAGGCAAUGGUAACAAUGGUCAUCCUUGCGAUGGACGCUGGAUAUUUAACGGAAGUCCAUGUGACCACAAGAUUAUCCUGUGUAUGGAUAGUGUCAGUGGCUCCUCGUCCACAAACAGGUGCGCCUUCGGGCGAGCGGAUACUGGAGAAAUCAGUAAUGCUGACACCAUCACCUUCCAUCGCCGGGCGGGCCGUCUCCCAAACCCAUUUACCUUCAGAGUGGCAUCAUGGCCGGGGUCUGCGAAGAUCAAAGUGAGAGUGUUUGAUGUGGAUGACAACAAUGAUGAUUUUGUUGAUUACAUGCAGAAAAUCUUCACAGUGGUUCCAAGUACUUCACGAACAACUCGUUUAGUCGUCAAACAAAGGACUACACUAUCCAUGGACAUCAGUGUGUUGUGUGAUCCAAACUACUUCGGCCCACAAUGCAGUUUAUUCUGUCGUCCUAGAAACGACUGGAUGGGACAUUACACAUGUGGCGGCACAGGCGCGAAGGUCUGCUACCAAGGAUGGAAGGAACGAAACUGUAAUCGUCGUAUAGACGUAUGUGCCCCAUGUCAGCACGGAUCCUGUGACCAAACGGCGACUGCCUAUAACUGUGUGUGUGAAGCUGGCUUUACAGGAACUAACUGCCAUAUCGACAUUGACGAAUGUGCACCAGAACCGUGCCAGAACGGUGGUCAGUGCUCCAACUUCAUCGGACAUUACCUCUGUUUGUGUUCCGUUGGUUGGAACGGCCCUGACUGUGGUGAUGACGUGAACGAGUGUCAGCAGGUAUCGUGUCGAAAUGGUGGCACAUGUGUCAACACACCUGGCGCAUAUAGAUGCGAGUGUGACGAAGGAUGGGAAGGGACGCAUUGUGACGUCGACGUCAACGAAUGUAACCGAGGUCAUCCAUGUAACACAAACGCUUCUUGCAUCAACGUACCUGGAACGUUUGAGUGUGUGUGUUCUGAAGGAUUAUCCGGAGGUACAUGUGAGGAUAUAAAUGAAUGUGUAGAAGAUAAUCCUUGCUUUGGAAACUCCACAUGUAUCAAUGAACAUGGAUCGUUCCAGUGUUUCUGUUCAGAGGGUUGGACGGGAGAUCUUUGUGACGUUGAUGUAAAUGAAUGUGAGGCGAACCCCUGUCUAUCCAACUCAACAUGUACAAAUCUAGACGGGUCCUUUGUCUGCGUUUGUCCUGUAGGGAUGACUGGGAUGUACUGUGAUGUAGAUAUCGAUGAAUGUGCUGCUGUUCCGUGUGUUGGGAAAGCUACAUGUGUAAACCAAGAAGGCUCCUUUGCUUGUUCAUGCGCCGAAGGAUUUGCCGGUUCUUUGUGCGAGACAGACAUUGACGAGUGUGCCAGUAGUCCUUGUGCCAAUAACGGGACGUGUGCAGACGAAAUCGGAGGCUUCAAUUGUGAGUGCCAGAGCGGCUGGACUGGGGAGACAUGUGAAGAAGAGAGGGACGAAUGUGAAGAUAAUACAGAUCCUGUUAUGGUGAACGUCCAUGGGAAUCUUGAUACGACUGCUCUGGAGACGUUAAACGACACACUGCUGAAUGUUCUUACUAACAUGUUUAUGAUUGCCAGAGAGGACAUACGCCUGUCGGUGACAUCCGAGGACUGGGCUGACAAUGAAAACGAACCCAUGACGACUGUUUUUGUGUCCGCCUACGUCCAGGAAUCUCAGAUAUGCCGGGAUGAAUUGACAAAUAUCUUCAGCACCGAAAACAUUUUGGAGAAAGCUCUGGCACUCACUGCUUCAAUAGUAUAUCAAAAGUCCAUUUCUGAUGGAAAAGUUGGUAAUCUUCAUGGAACUGCCAUUAUUGAUACUAAGGAGAGCUGGUUGAUGUCCCGUUGGUACGUACUGGCGGUGAUAGCGGGUGUAUUUAUAGCAUUAGUGGCCAUCUCCAUUGUGAUAUUCAAACACAAGCGGCGACCGAAGACAAAGGUAAUCGCCGGACGGAACGGUUCGCUACACCAAAACGGAAGUCUGACCAUGCCUGAGGAUACAGGAGACGAGACGAGCGCCAUAGCCACUCUGUCGUUUGAUAAUGUUCUGUACACUACAUUCCAGCCCCAGGGACCAACCCCUCGUCCAGACAAUUCUGACAAUGAAAACGUAUGUUCGUGAUAGUAAAUCGAACCAUCAAAUUGUUGUUGUAAUUAACCAAGAUCAUGUUAAACUACAAUGUUCCAAAUGAUCCUAUAUAUAGAGUAUUGUAGUAAGAAAUGUAAUACAGUUGUUGGGGCCAUAUUGUGUUUGAUAUAUGAUCGUUGUGGCAUUUGAGCUACUGCCACAUUAACCAUCUUAAUGCCGUUUUUUUUUGUAUUUAUGUUUCAUUAACUUUGUACAGAUUAUGACACGCAUAAGAAAAAUCAGACGAAUAUCGUCUGGUUAUGUUAAUGAUAUUGAAAGUUGAUGACGGAAUAAUAACAAAGAAAUUUAUAUAUGUUUGUUCAUUAAAACCAGUCCAAUUGUCAUUCAUAUAAAGAUGAUUUGUGACGCCAACUUUCAUCCUUUGUUCAAACUCAAUUGAUCAUGACACUAUAUGAUAUAUUAUAUAUUACGGCGCUAACAUUUAACCGUGUCCUAACUCAGUUGAUCAUUCCAGCAUUUCGAUUACAAAAAGGUACCUACAAAAAUGUAUAUUCAUCUAUCGUCCGAAUUCGAAUCGAGAUUUGCAUUUAGAUACGUGAAACCUGUAAACGUUCGUGCUUCUGUUUGCACCGAAGAUGCAUUUUAACCCUGAAAAAAAAUUCUUUAUUUUCGAAACACAAAUAUCACGUGUAAAUUUCCAUUAACAGACCACUUUUUUUACAAAUUAGACUGACAUUUACUCGUCAUACAAUUUAAAUGUCACCAUAAACCUGUAGGUGUUGAUAAGUGGUAUUCAUCAAUGUGUGACGUUUUUGUAUUUAAACUCGCACUUGAUAAACCUUUAGUUGAUAUUACAAUGAUGCGGUUGAUAUUUUUUCAUUUGUUGAUUUUUGGUUGAAUUGUUACUUUUGUCAGCGUCCGAGAUGAAUGCUUUUUUUUCUAAUAAUGACAAUUGUUUCACAUUUCAAGUGCAAAUGUAGAUUUAUUGUCAUAAAUGCAAUAUAGGAUAUAUGAGAUGUUUUAUGUACCAACAAAAGGAACUGGUGAAUUUUAUGGCAACCAUGAGUGUUCAUAGUUACCAUAAAAUUCCUUUCGGUAAUCCGAUGAAUAAUUCUGAGAAAUAAAUGUCACAUCUUGCAUUCGAUAAAAGCGAUUAACAAAUCAUUAAUGAAUAUAGGGAACUCGAUACAACGAAAUAACAUUUAUAAAUCAAUAAAUCACUUCAGAAGAAUUCGCUUUACUUUAUAUAUAUAUUGAUCAAUCACUUCAGGGAAUUCGAUAUAUCACAAUUCAUAAUAUGAGGGAAUGUCCUCAUAGACACGAAUAAACGUAUUCACUAAUCACGCGAGGAAUUUUGAUAUAUCACAAUUCAUAAAUAAUGUCCGCAUAGACCCGAAUAAUUCACGCGAGGGAAUUUGAUGAAUCCCCGAAUAGAAAUCAUGAGUGACUGCUUUAUACCAUCCUCGAUACUCCAGGGGUUACGAUCACAUAAUUAGAUAUUCAUCAGAUAGAUAUAUAGACUAUUUUGCUGUAUUACUGAAAUAAUCAGGCUUGCUUUUGAUAAAAUACUUACUUGACGUUAGCUUUUCAUGCACAUAUUCCCCGAUAACACCAGAAAACGCUAAAAUUGCGCUGAUCAGUCCUUUCAAAAUGGCGCCGUCAUGUUGACGUGGAAUAACGUCAACAUAUGACAGAAUUUUUCGAUAUUCUGUCAUACUGGUGAAAUAUAAUUAUGUUAUAGUAAACGGGAAACCUAUAUACUCGUGAAAUAUAUGUUAUAUUCAAAGGGACACCAUCCAAUAGCCUCUAUACAUUUCACUGGCAAAAAUGCAAUAAAUUGUUAUAGCGUGUUACGCAUUUUAAGAUGCUUUGCUUGUCGUAUAUUUUAUGAUUAUACACGUAUAUAAGGUAUAUCUGUUAAAUCUGAAUGGGAACAAUAUGUCGACGAUAUUUGAUAUGUUAAUGAGAAUGAUAUUAUUUUGUAAGAAUAUAUGGAUUGCAUGAUACUGGUUUAGUACUUGAAUACACACAUAAAACAUACUUUUUAUACUAAGUAUGCAUGCAGUCAUACAUGGAGGGAAGAAGGCUAUUCCAUGUUAAAAAGUGUUAGUGUGCUGAUUUCCCUGUAAUUGGAGAACGUCUUUCGCAGGAUAUGCUGGGAUUAAGGUUCCAGACAGAUCUAAUUAUGACCCGUAUCAUGUACAUAAAUAUGUCUAUUGCAGAAAUUUAGUAUUAUUUGUUAAACUAAUGUUUUAUUAUCUGUAAAUAUUCAUUUAUGUUUUUUCUCAAAAUGUGUUUUUUGAAAAGAUGUUUUCUAAAUAAACGUAUUAAAGUGAGCACUCUCUUUGUUAACCUUUUAUGUUUUGUAUGUUUUAUUCUUAUAUUUAUCUGAUAGCUGUAUAAUUACGUUCUCAUGUGAAACAAGUUUAUUGUUUUAUUCUGUCAUAGCACAAUUAUUUACGCUUUAUUAACGUUUAAUCGAGCUAAAGACUUAUUUUUGCUUUGCAAAACUUUUUAUUUUCCUUUUGAUACAAAGCUUAUGAAAAAAAAAUUACAUUUGAGGAAUAUCAAAGUAAAAUAAGGAUUAUAAAGGAAUACAUAGGACUGGAUAUUAGCCGCUCCGUAAUGGGUAACUUAAAAAUAUAACAACGUUCACUUAAUAUGUUCCUCUUAAAAAUCGGGUAUCUCCAAUUUUAGAGGGAAAGAAACGAAAACUAAAACAAGAAUCAUAUAAUAAACAUACGUAGAUAUUUAUAUUCACGAAAAUAUGUCAAAUUAUUAAGUGUCGUUUAAACGUUUCCGAGUGUAUAUAAUUAAGGGAAGUAACUCUUUCGCGACAUUAAUUUACAAGUCAACGUAAUUCGGCAGUCCAGAAAAAUUCGGACGGUGUGAGCAGGGAACGAAGGUUUCCAGAUUAUCGAGGGUCCAAUGUACAAAAAUGUUUGUUUUAGAGUAAGGCUCUGUGGUAAUUAGAGUUACCACACUAAUAAGUAGAAAUGUUCAUCAAAACCUGAUCUAUACCUUAUGUAAAUAGAAUCUGCUCUAUUCCUAUAGAGUCAUACAUGUAAUUAGUCUAGGCCAGCAUACCACUUCUAAUAUAUAAUGAUGGGAGACUAAUUCUUUAAAGUAAAUCAAUGUAGAAAUAUCAGCAUACGGUCUAAUUAAACCCGUAUUACGACUAUUCGUACUAAGUAAAAUUAUGGCUCUCAAAAGGAUUGUUUUCCUCAUUUUUAAAACAAUUAGUGACAUUUCCUUUCCCUCGCACUUUCAAUCCCUAAUUAUUAAAAUCAUGACAAUGACGAUAGGAUAUAGGGACCAAAUCUAUCCAACAAUAAGAUCAUUUAAAUGCACACAUUUUUUAAUGGAAGUUUUCUAAUGUCAUGUUUUUUGUUUGUUAAUGUAUUCUUCUAUUCUAAAGUAGUAUUCAAAAUCCUUUUAAAAGCCGAUGAUAGAAGACAGUGUAUGUUUGAGUUUCUGUUUGUAAAUAUGAAAAUUUGCUUAGAUUAUUACCAUGGUUAUGUUUUUAAUUUUGUGGCCAAGAAAACCAUAAAAUACACUGACAUUGUUGAAGUGUACAAGAAUGCCUGUAUAGGUUUCUAUCCACAUCGCUGAAUCUUCCAAGAAGUUGGAUAUUGUGGGACAUCACCAAAAUAAAUGUGUAGUUGAUUCAAUGUUUUUAUCAGAGAACAGAAUGGGGAGAUUUUAAUCUUAAUUGUGCAAAGAUAUAUGUUUAUAGAUAUUAUCCUGUGUACAAUCCUAUACUGAAACCAUCGGAGUUUGGAGUCAGAUGUUGUUUUCACCUCAACGGCAUUUAUCAUUUCCACCAAAAUUGAUAAUUUUGUUCAUUAAGAUCAAUCGACCAUUGGUCUUAAUAUCUUGUAAUUAUUUUUAGCUGUUUAAUAAAAAGUUCGUAUACAGAGA